UCUUCUCCCUUUUCAUCGCCGUUGUGGCGCCACUCAUCGACGGCCUGGCAUACCUCCCGACACCCCUUUCCGCCAUUUCUGUUGGACCUCAAGAGUUGGCACGCCCAGGGGUACGACGACUACCUGGUCACCGAGAAGUCGUACUUCUUCUUAGGGAUUUGGCCUCUCGCCGUUGCCCGCGUCUAUGGAAUUUCUGCCGAGAAAUCUUGGCUGGGCAACGCCUGUUUGUUGUACGGGGCUUCAACUCUGACUUCCAUGUUGGCCAACUGCUGUUGCGACAAACGAGAAGGGGACUUUUACGAAACCUCCACCAGAAUGAACCAGAUAUUGAGAAGAGCAUUUUGGUUUUCCCCCAACAUGCAGUACAUUGGAGCGGCAGUGGCUCCUCUUGAAGCCUUUCAGAGACUUUAUUUAUAG